GCAUGGAGGGUAACCGGGCUCUUCUCUGACGCCAGGUUCGUGCUGGCCGUGGGCAGUGCCGUCUUCGACGCCAUGUUCAACGGGGGGAUGGCCACCACAUCCACCGAGAUCGAGCUGCCCGACGUGGAGCCGGCCGCCUUCCUGGCGCUCCUCAAGUUUCUCUACUCGGAUGAGGUUCAGAUCGGACCCGAGACGGUCAUGACCACGCUGUACACAGCCAAGAAGUACGCGGUGCCCGCGCUCGAGGCCCACUGCGUGGAAUUCCUGAAGAAGAACCUCCGGGCCGACAAUGCGUUCAUGCUGCUGACGCAGGCGCGCCUCUUCGACGAGCCGCAGCUGGCCAGCCUGUGCCUGGAAAACAUCGACAAGAACACAGCCGACGCCAUCACCGCCGAGGGCUUCACCGACAUCGACCUGGACACGCUGGUGGCCGUGCUAGAGCGGGACACCCUGGGCAUCCGGGAGGUGCGCCUGUUCAGCGCCGUCGUCCGCUGGUCCGAGGCCGAGUGUCAGCGGCAGCAGCUGCCUGUGACCCCCGAGAACAAGCGCAAGGUGCUGGGCAAGGCGCUCGCCCUCAUCCGCUUCCCGCUCAUGACCAUCGAGGAGUUUGCCGCAGGGCCCGCGCAGUCGGGCAUCCUCGUGGACCGCGAGGUGGUCAGCCUCUUCCUGCACUUCACCGUCAACCCCAAGCCGCGUGUCGACUUCAUCGACCGGCCACGCUGCUGCCUCCGGGGAAAGGAGUGCAGCAUCAACCGCUUCCAGCAGGUGGAGAGCCGCUGGGGCUACAGUGGCACCAGCGACCGCAUCAGGUUCUCGGUCAACAAGCGCAUCUUCGUGGUUGGCUUCGGGCUCUACGGCUCCAUCCACGGGCCCACGGAUUACCAAGUGAACAUCCAGAUCAUCCACACGGACAGCAACACGGUCCUGGGCCAGAAUGACACAGGCUUCAGCUGUGACGGCUCCGCCAGCACCUUCCGGGUCAUGUUCAAAGAGCCGGUGGAGGUGCUGCCCAACGUCAACUACACGGCCUGCGCCACACUCAAGGGCCCGGACUCCCACUACGGCACCAAGGGCCUGCGCAAGGUGACCCACGAGUCCCCCACGACGGGGGCCAAGACGUGCUUCACCUUCUGCUACGCGGCUGGCAACAACAAUGGCACGUCCGUGGAGGACGGCCAGAUCCCCGAGGUCAUCUUCUACACCUAGGCCCCCGGGCCCCCGACGCCACCUGGUGCAAGGAGGCCGCCCCCCGUCCCAGGUCAUGUGUGCGCUCUCUGCCCCGUUUCUGGGCGUCAGGAGAGGGUCACUCCCGUGGCAAGCCUGGCUGCCUGCUCAGAGGAGCCGGGCAGGGGCUGUGAGACUGGCCCCUAGGACUUGGGGCGGGGUGGGGGGGGGGAGGCAGGGCUGGCCUGGACCCGCCCUGGGCGGAGGGUCCGCUGGGUCCUUGGGCGUGGGGGUCGUGCACGCCAUCCCUGAGCUCGGGGCUGCCUGACGACAGGUUUCAGACAGGAUCCUGUCUCAUGUUUGUCCGGUCUCAGCGCACAUGGCAAUGCGUCUUGGAUCCCCACUCCUCGGGUAGGAGGCAGUCUGUGGGGGCACCCCUAGUGCAUUUGCUUGGGGUCUCGGGUUCUGGUCUAUUCACUGGGGAUGCUUAGGCCACCCCAGCCCCGGUCCCCAACACACUGGCCUCGGCCCACCCCCCCCCCUUGAGGUCCUGCAGGCUGGCUUUCUGCCAGGCCUGGGCCCACCCAAUGGGCCCAGUGAAGGGCCACCCUCUUCCAGCCUCUGCAGCCACGGGCACGGAUCACAGACCCCGUCUGCCCGGGCAGUGCUGUGGGUCCGCCGUGGUGGCCAGGUCCUCGGCUGGCCCGCCUGCCCCCCACCUUGUACAUACUGCAGCCCUGCCCCACCCAGCCUCUGAGUGAGCACUCUGGCCAGAGGUGCUGGAGGGCGCAGCCCCUCCCCCAAGUCCUUCCCGCCUCCCCACCUCCCCACCAUGUGUUUCCACCCCCGUGAUUCCUUCUGAAAACUCCUCCCCAAAGCCAUGGAAGGUGUGCUCUUCUCACACCAUACCCCCAAAUGAUUUUUUUAAAUAAAGGAAUGAAACGUAA